AUGAAGCACCUCUAUAAGGAACUCUCCGAAGAUUGCUGGGAAUUGAUUCUGAAUCAAUUAGCAAUCGAUGACUUCAACCACUUGCAAUCCCCUUCUUUGGUUUGCAAGCUAUUCCUAUCCAUCACCGAUCGACUUCGACUCAAAUUGAAUGUCCCAAACAGAUUGUUCUACAGCCAUAACUGUGAGGGUUUGUUCAGAGCUCUUCAACGAUUCACUAACCUCCAAGAGAUUGAGCUUCGUGAUCCCAUCUUCGGUGACAAAGCCGAUGUCAACUACCCCAUUCAAAGAAUCACUUCUUCAGAGAAGAUUUUGAUCUACGAUGAUUCUGGUUUGAGCUUCCAUGGACUCUCGAAUUUCUUAUGUGGAUGCCCAUCUUUGACACACUUGACACUUUGUUUCAAUAAUUUCCUCACUGACAAUUACAUGAGGGAUUUAUGCCGGUAUCUUCCUAAUCUCGUGUCCAUAAAGUUUAAUCGGUGUUCAAACAUAACCACUGCAACGUUCUUCAUCCUUGCAAAAGAAUGUCCUAUGCUUUCGAAAAUUGGACUGCCUAAUAUAAAGCCACAAGUUGAAGAUGAUUUUAACUUGGAGUUGAAGAGGAAUUAUCGAAUUAGAUCAUUGGAUUUGACUUGUUCUGUGUAUCUGAAUGAUGAAUUCAUAAAAAAAGUAGGGGCUGUUUGCCCCAAUUUACAGACUCUAAAUCUUAAUGGACUUCUUAGUUUGAUAAUAGAGGGCAUUGGGGAAAUUUUGAGGUGUUGCUCUCAGAUUAAGCAUUUGAUAGUGGAUAGAACUAGAGACAUGGUGAUCUUUUUGAAACAAUUCAAAACUCGCCGCAUUAAAAAUGGACAUGGUUAUAACCUAGAGGGCCUCUAUGACUGA